UCCCCAGACCGGAACCGGAAGUGGACCCCGAGCCAGGAGGAGGAAGCCGGCUGCCAACCCGUCAGCAGCCGGCGGCGGUCGCGAGGGGCGGUGCCGCCGUGCUGCCUGCGAGCCGGUCCCGCGGCGGGCGGGUGGCCGGCCCCACGGCGCGGCGCCAUGAAGCUGUACAGCCUCAGCGUCCUCUACAAAGGCGAUCCCAAGGUGGUGCUGCUCAAAGCCGCGUACGACGUGUCCUCCUUCAGCUUCUUCCAGAGGUCCAGUGUUCAGGAAUUCAUGACCUUCACAAGUCAACUGAUCGUGGAACGCUCGGCGAAAGGCAGCAGAGCUUCCGUCAAAGAACAAGAAUAUCUGUGCCACGUCUACGUGAGAAACGACAAUCUCGCGGGAGUGGUCGUUGCUGACAAUGAGUAUCCAUCCCGCGUAGCUUUCUCCUUGCUGGAAAAGGUACUAGACGACUUCUCCAAGCAAGUCGACAGGAUAGACUGGCCAAUUGGAUCCCCUGCUACCAUCGAGUACACAGGCCUGGACGCUCACCUCAGUAGAUACCAGAACCCCCGAGAAGCUGACCCCAUGACCAAGGUGCAGGCUGAGCUAGAUGAGACCAAAAUCAUCCUGCACAACACCAUGGAGUCUUUAUUAGAACGAGGCGAGAAGCUAGAUGAUCUGGUGUCCAAAUCCGAAGUGCUGGGAAUUCAGUCUAAAGCCUUCUAUAAGACGAGCAGCUACACAGUCUUCCCAGAGAGGUUCUCACACUCCCAGAUGAGGUAUUUCACUGAACAGUGGGUGCGCUGCGUGUACCAGGUCCAUCCACACGCGUUUGCUUUCAGGCCCGGAAACAAAACUCGUGCUGUGCAAUCAUGUGACGGCAGCCGGCGGAAGCCCCUGCGCUGGAGCGUCACCGUCAUUCACAUCAGCAGUGCAGCCCCCAGGAAGCGGAGCUGCCGGGGGACGACCCGGAUGGGGACAGACGCUCAAUUUUCACCUUGGAGCUCCUGGGAGGAGCCGAAGGGUGGUGGAAGGGACCUGGGGGUGGGGAACGUUCAAAUUCACAUGUCUAGUAAUUUUUGAAAAGAUGAUCUGAGGCCCCCAAAGGUGUACAAAAGGCCCCCAUAAAGCUCAGUGACUCCAGUAGCUGGUGCGGGGCUCGUUUCUAACCCCCUGAGAAGGACGCAGGCCCCUGACGUGGUGCCCCCGGGGGUCAGAGCCAGCCCUUUGUCUUCAGUGCGCCUUUGGGUUUUACUUGUUCAUUAACUGUAUUAACACUCCAGUGGCGGGGGAGGGUGGGUGCUGAUCACAGAGCUGGGGCGGGAAAGCUGGGACUUGGUUCUCUCGGGGAAAAGCCGCUGCAGGGGGCAGGGGUUGGGGGUGUGCGCACACACAGUGGAAGGAGACGGUCACCCGGCUUCACAGACGCUGAGACCUGGUUUGCAUUUCGGCUGAGGUUGACUUCUGCAGUGCCCAUCCAUCAAGUGCCACUAAGAUGCCUUGAAGUAGGGGAGGGGGCGCCUGCCCUGACUCGCGGUUUGGCUUUGAGCUCUUGGAUCACAGCAGCACGUGGUGUAGUCUCUCACAAACGGUUUUCACUGGCCUCUCUGGUGACAGGACUGUCUGGACAACCACCAGGGACCUUCAUGUCUUAGCAAGUGGCCUUUCCUGUGGCCACCGUCCCUGGGCGCCAGGAGAAGGUGCCAGCCAGCCCAGGGGUUCGUCACAACCCACUUGUGGACUGAGCCAGCCUCAACCCCCAGCAGAAGCAUUGCUGGGCCCCCGAGCAGCGUGAGGCCGGCAGCCCUAGGGCCCAGCCAUGGAGGCAGGCACAGUAGAGCCACCAGACGAAGGCCCGGGAGGGUCUGGGCCAACCUGGUCCCUCAGGCCCCGCUGCCAUUUUCCGAACUGCAUCGUGGCCUGCUGUGCUUCCUGAGGACACAAGCUCAAGAUGUGCCCUUGGGACCCCAUCCCCAUGGAAGGCCCUGCUGGGUUGGUGCCGACCAGUGUGGGCUCGUCCUUGGCUGGCCUUCUCUGAGCGCCCCGUUCUUGCCUUACCGGGGAGGUCCUGCUGCCUUGACAGGGAGUGCCAGUGGCCCUGAAUUCCCUUACUUGGGCCAGAAGGUGGGAACCGCGUGGCUUCCAAGGACCUCACCCCUAAGAGGUUAGCCUGCCGACUGCCCUUCUGUGGGCACUGUCCCGGCCAGAGGACCUCGGCCUACCCCUAAGGUAGCCUGCCCACGUGACUUCCUUAUGCCACGGACGUCCCUGGAAAGUGCAGCCCUGGCCUGCUCGCUGGCAUCUGAUGUGGCCGUGACUUCCCCUGAGGAACGGUUGGAUAUUGUCUGACUUCCCUCGCACUGGGGAGGGACUGGGGGUGGAGGGUGUGGAUUUGGGGGAGGAGGGCGGCAAGGGUGGGUGGGACUGGCCCAGACUCCAUGUCCAGCAUUUCCCCAGCUCCUGUUGUUCUAAUGUUAAAUCAUCUGGUAAAGAGUGUAUUUUAAUAACUGUCGCCUAACUCCUCUGUGUUCAGUCUGUGAAGUUCCUGUCUGGAUAAAAUUUUCUUUUGAAAUUCC